GAGCUGUUUCCGGUCACAUGUUCCUAAGCGGCCGAGCUCCUUGGUCGCUCCAUGGCCCGGGAGGCGGUGGCCAGCUCCUCAAGCGGUGGACGAGCUUAGCGCUCUCCCCGUUUUCAAGUUAGCUUUUCUGUAUCGGGACAGAGGAGCUGGGUGGUAGCUGGGGUCCUCCUAGCCGCGAUCACGGUAGGGAGCCUGGCUGGAUUCGACGGUUCCGGGCUCGGAGGCCCGGCUCGCUGGUCUCUGCUGGAGGGCAGAAGCACGCUAUAACCAUUAUGGCGACAUCAUCUGAAGAAGUGUUACUAAUUGUAAAGAAGGUGCGUCAAAAGAAACAGGAUGGGGCACUUUACCUUAUGGCUGAAAGAAUAGCCUGGGCACCUGAGGGCAAAGACCGCUUCACAAUCAGCCAUAUGUAUGCAGACAUAAAAUGUCAGAAAAUCAGCCCUGAGGGAAAAGCUAAGAUUCAGCUUCAGUUGGUAUUGCAUGCAGGAGACACAACCAACUUCCAUUUCUCUAAUGAGAGUACAGCAGUGAAAGAGCGAGAUGCAGUAAAGGAUCUUCUUCAGCAGUUACUACCCAAAUUUAAGAGGAAAGCCAAUAAAGAACUUGAGGAAAAGAACAGAAUGCUGCAAGAAGAUCCUGUUUUGUUUCAGCUUUAUAAAGACCUAGUUGUGAGUCAGGUGAUCAGUGCUGAAGAAUUCUGGGCCAACCGUUUAAGCAUGAAUGCUAUAAAUAAUUCUACUGCAUCUAAUAAGCAGGAUGUGGGCAUUUCUGCAGCUUUCCUGGCUGAUGUUCGACCUCAAACAGAUGGAUGCAAUGGCCUGAGGUAUAAUUUAACUGCAGAUAUCAUUGAGUCAAUAUUUCGAACUUAUCCUGCAGUAAAAGUGAAAUAUGCAGAAAAUGUUCCUCAUAGCAUGACGGAGAAAGAAUUCUGGACGCGAUUUUUCCAGUCUCAUUAUUUUCAUAGAGACAGGUUGAAUGCAGGAUCAAAAGACCUUUUUGCAGAAUGUGCCAAAAUGGAUGAAAAGGAGUUAAAGACAAUGGUGUCUCAAGGGGUGAAAAAUCCUUUAUUAGAUUUAACAUCCUUAGAAGAUAAAUCAUUGGAUGAAGGUUAUGGUGUUUCUUUGGGACCCUCCACAUCCAACUUGGUCAAUAAAUCAAUAAAGGAGAGUAGCAAUGCUGCCAUUAUAAAACGCUUUAAUCAUCACAGUGCCAUGGUCCUUGCAGCUGGACUCCGGAAACAAGAAGCACAAAAUGAUCACUAUAGCGAGACCAGUAGCAUGGAUGGAAACUCCAGGGAUUCAGAUUUCUUUCAGCCGCCAAUGAAAAAGGUAAAGCUGCAAGAGUCCAUUGAAUAUGAGGAUUUAGAAAAUAACAACAGCAUUAAAACUAUUGCACUAAACCUAAAGAAAUCAGAUAGGUAUUACCAUGGUCCAACACCAAUUCAAUCACAGCAAUAUGCAACUAGUCAGGAUAUUAUUAAUUCUUUGCAUAGUAUUAGACAAGAAAUGGAAAUCUAUGUCCCCAAACUAACUCAGGUUCUCUCAAGUGGUGCUGCUAGUAGUACUAUCUCAGCUCUAUCACCUGGAGGAGCACUUAUGCAGGGUGGAACACAGCAAGCCAUAAACCAGAUGGUGCCAAAUGAUGUUCAGUGUGAACUAAAACACUUGUAUGUGGCAGUAGGAGAGCUGCUGAGACAUUUCUGGUCCUGCUUUCCGGUUAAUACACCAUUCCUAGAAGAGAAGAUUGUGAAAAUGAAGAGUAAUUUGGAAAGAUUUCAAGUUACAAAACUCUGCCCAUUCCAAGAAAAAAUUCGAAGACAGUAUUUAAGCACAAAUCUGAUAAAUCACAUAGAAGAGAUGCUGCAAACAGCCUACAAUAAAUUCCACACAUGGCAGUCCCGACGUAUGCUCAAGAAGACGUGAAGACCCAGUGAGGUCAAAGCGCGAGAGGAAGAAUUUGCAAUAGCUGUAGGACCACAACUACCUGAUGUGUAGAUCUUACAGACAUUGCAGGAAAGUUAGCAUCAUCUGGACUGUUGAAAAUGAUGCUAACCGAACUUGCACACUUUUGGAAAAGGAUCAGAGGUCAAACUUGAAAACUAGGGAGAUAAAUGGAACCAAACCAGAUGAGCAGAGUGGCAAAUAUAAAAGACACUGUUUACUGCAGUUACUCAGGAACUGCUUUUGAUUUUCAUAAAAAGCUGCUUUCAGAAAUAAAAAAACUUUAAAAAGGUGUAUUAAUAAAUCCAAAAUUGUUUGUCUAGUUUUUUAAAGUAUGGCACAGGGUAGGACUUAACAUUUAUUUCUUCACUAUAUUCUGGCAUUUUAUUGAAUUUUGUUUAUACUUACAGAAAUAGGUUUAAUUUUUAAAAAUAUAAUGGAGAGACUGUUUUGCCUCAAAUUCUUAAGGAGAGCUUAAUUGUGAAAGUUUCUGCCAUGUUUCCCUACCAAUCAACAGUCAUUGCACUGAGAGAACUUUGGCAUGAAAAGAGGCAGAGCUGGCAUAAGGAGUGGUGUUCUUAUGCAGAAUUUUUACCAGCCAUCAAGUUUGCAUGUUUUCUUUGGAGUGCAAGUGUGUGCUACUUCAGUUGUGUUUUUUUUAAGAUGACAUUUGUUAGAAGGUGAAAAAUACAUUUUAAAGUAGGUUUAAAAAACUUAUUAAAGUAAUAACUUUUUGUACAAUUAAGAAGAGGGGGGAAAGAAUCUUUAAAUGUGCUUUUCUCAGUUCUCUCCUGAUGACUGUUAGCGCUAUAUUUGGCAACUAGAUAAUCAUUGAAGAGUGAAUAUGAAAUAUCUUUAGCUGUGAUUGCAGUCUGCAUCAUAUUCUGGUCCAAACAUAAGGCAUUUCACUCUUGCCUAAAAUGUACCUGCCAUGUAUUAAAUACUUGACUUGUUAAAACAAAGUAAACUUGUUUUAUAUAGUCCAUGGAGUCAGACUCCUUAUAUUUCAUUGUUUUAAUGUCUUCCUCAUUAACAGAGUCUAUACUAGGACCAAGCAGCUGGCUUAGAUUACGUGUGGUGAGACCGAUGGAGGUAUUUUUAAUAAACCAAGAUUAACUAAAUGAUGCUUAAGAGCAGUCAUCACACUCAUUGGAAAGGUCGACACAGUCCUUUUUUAUGUUCACACUAGUUCAUCUCCAGAAAGAGUUAUUAGGAGAAUUAGACUUGUAUUGCUGUGUUAACAGUGUACAUUUUGGAUUGCUACCUGUUUUGAGUAGCUGUACACUCUAGCACUGUUUAAUUUGUGACCUGCAAAGUUUCUCUUUGGGUAGAGUGUGUACGUGUUUACAUGCUCACACAGUGUUUUCCAGUGACUGAUACUCUGCAACAACCAGAACUCAAAGCAAGCCAUUGUGUUAUUUAUGCUGAAAUACUAUGGAGCACAUUUAAGGCACUGCCUUUUUAGAGAGGCUGCAUUUUAUGUGAUAGUAACAAUGAUUCUGUUGCAAAACACACAAUUUGUUUUCUACUGAACUCAGCAAGUUAUAGUGAAUUGUGAAAAGCUGGAAUUGAUCUUGAAUAAUAAAACUGAUGCUGUUGUGGAAAUGUCCUCCUGCUAAAAAUUGUUCUUGGAAUAUGUAGUUAUUUGUGUGUUUGGGUAAGCCACUCAAGUAAGAGUACCAUUUUGUUUUGGUUUUAAUAGUGUGAUACCAAUGAUGGGUAUAGCCCACCCUCAGUUACAAGCAUCAUCACUGCAACAAAGAGUGUACUUCUGAUUACAAACAAAAUUGAGAAAUACUGAGAAGUGCUUGAAGCAGGCUUUAGAGCUAAGGUGAGGCAUUCAUUUUCUAGUUGAUCCUGUGGCUAUUAAAGCAUAAAAAUGUAAACUUGCACUGACAAUUCUUAGCAAUAAUUAUCUGAAAAGUAGGUUCAAACAAAACUUGCACAGGUAGAACAAAUACUGUAUUAGCAGUUACUUGUCUGGCAGAAUAUUUUUUCUGAUUUUUAUCCUGGUAUUUCAAGUGUUAGUAGAAGUACCAAGCUUCAGAGUGAGUGUAGUUGCAGUAGUAUCCCUAAACAGAGCUAUGCACUUUGGAUAUUUUCAGUUAUUUGACUAAGAACCACAAACUUCUCUCACCAGAGGAUGGCAAUAGCAACCUGUCAUGCACACUUCUCUUAAAUAGUUCUUCCCCACUUUUGCUGUCUGGUCUCUGCUGACUUCAGUACUAUUUAAGCAUGGUCCAAAAUUGAUGAGUGAUCAUUAACUGUGAAUUGUUUUUUUGCCUAACCAUACAGUCAUUGGAAUCUGAAGUUGAACUUGUAUUUAAUGGAAACGCUUAAAAAUUGUAUCACUGGCACUGUUCAAAAGUUAUAGAAUAAAUCUGAAUUCUGUAGUCAA